AUGGCUAUCAUGUGGCUCACGAUUCAGAGUGUCCUUCUAGCGAUCACAGGCCUGUGGCUGCAGCUGGGCCUUGCAUUGGCAUUGAUUGUGGUCGUUUUGGUUUUGGCCUGGCCCCUGCGGAGCCUUGCUUGGAUCGACUUUUGCAAGGGAGCCUACCGGCACCUCACCGACCCAGUCAUGAAACUGCGAGUGAAGAUCUACACCAUUGUUUUUUCACUCUUGCCCUUUGGCCUCAUCAUGCCCAUCUUUGGCCCUUGGGAGCGUGUGCAGAAGUGGGUGAGGUGGCACCCUUACAAUCUUGAUGCAGAGCUCCUCUGGCGUGGAACCUUCGCCACCUUCGCCUUGGCCUUCUUUCUGACGGCUGCGAACCCCAAGGUGAACAACUCCAUCGUAGCCUUCUUUGCGGCUCAUGGUGUUUGCCACAGCGUGUCCAUGUUCAUUGACAAUCGCAUUUUUCCCAUGGACGGCAACGACAAUGUGGAGCACAUACUGGAGAUAUCGGUCUUCCUGGUCAUCGGCUUGUUCCACCUGUUUGAGCACAGCAGUGAAGAUUCUGCCUUCAUUGAGAAAUCGCAGUUCGAGAGCUGCAAGGAGAAGGUGCUGGCCAUGUGCGAAACGGACUGCAUGCAUCUUCGAGACCAGGACUUGAAUGCCAUUUUCGACCUGGUCGACUAUGAGGACUCCAACAUCGUGGAGAUCGAGGAGCUCCUCUAUGGGAUGGUCCAGGUCUCCGCUGAGCUACGGCCCAUGUCCAUCUUGGAGCUAAAGAGAUCCUUUGCUCGGGGGCUCAAUGCUGUCGCACAGCAGGUCAGUGCACUUGACACGCGGCUCCAGAUGAUGGAUGCGCGACUGCAACAGGUUCUGGCGAAGCCAAAAUCUGACGCAAACGUGGUGCAUUGA